AUGAUAGGCAUCGAUAUACUAGAAGUGGGCCUUACCACAGACGCUGAAAUUGUGGCACAAACAAUAUUCGUGCGCCAGAUGACAGACGGCUGCAGAUUCCCAGGCAGCAUACUGUCAAAUCAAUGUGGUGAAUUCGACACAAUAAUCACUCAAAGAUAUAAUCCGCGAGAAAAUGAACUUACCGAAAGGUUCAAAAAGACCAUAGUCGAACUGCUGAGGAAAAAAGUGGAUAAACCAGUGAGAUGGGAUGAAUUUCUAUCUUAUUGCAUGAUUGCAUACAACCCGACACCUUACGAUUCCACUGGCGAAUCCCCAUUCUUUUUAUUGCAUGGGUAUGGGUGCAAAGUACCAGCUCACUGGAGUUCACUUCCCAAAAGUUGCAUUAGGAAUUGCAUUGUGGACAUGGAUUCCUCUAUCAACGAACAAGUCACUGGGUUAGAAAUGAUCCCAAACGUUGCACGUGAGCAAUAUCAAAGGGCUCGUGAACGCAUGAAACAAUGCUACGACGAAUAA